CUCCCGUAAGGUUAAAAGCAGAAGGAAUGACAAGGGUGUGAUUUCAAAGUACAGAGUGAUAGACAGGCGUUAAGACCUGAGCUCCAGUGAGAGUUUCUACCCAGGGGAGUCGUAAAGCUUUCUGUGGAGGCCAAGUUACAAAAUGAGCCGGUAUUCAGCCGCCAAGAGCACUCUCCUGAAAGACAACAGCUGGAUCAGAAAGACGGAUGAUGAGGAUGAAGACAUCGACCGCGACCCAAACUUUGGCAAAUUUGUUCUAAGCCACCACAGAUCCAAUGAAAAUCUCGAAAGUCCAGGGGCUGAAGAAACGAAUACCACCAAACCAUCAGUGCGCCCGUCAACAUCUGUGCAGGCGCUCACCAAAAGAUUCAGUGGAAGUCUGGAUGAACCGAGGAGCAGCACCCUCCCUCCCAGCAAGACUACAUCCUCCUACACCAAAAGCACAUAUUCAAGCCCCAAACCAGAUUCUUUCAAGACCACCACAACCAGUACGGUCACCAAGGAUGGAACCAGUGGGACCACCACCACCACCACCCAAACUCUAAAAUCUCCUGGGGCUACUUCUCCCACCAAGACAUUCACUGAGCGGGUCAAGUCCUCAAGCAAAGGGGCACAGUACUCACAAUACUCACCCACCAGAACAACCAAAGUGACUGAGACGGUUACCACCAAAACAGACAGUGCGGAGGACAAACUAUACGACACACUCAUCCCCUUCUCUGCCAAGGAUGAUUUGACAACUACAGACAGCAAAACAACUGUCUCCAUGACUAAAACUGUGCCAGUGAACAGCAGCGCUGACACUAAAGUGGAGGACAGCCUUUACGACACACUCAUCCCCUCAGCUGUCAAGGGUGAUAGCUCACCCACAGACAGCAAAACCUUUGUCUCCAGUACUGAGACUGUGACAGUGAACAGCAGUCCUGAUGGAGAUGGUUUCAAGACUACAACCACAACAAGGACUUCUACGGCUGAGGAUGACCUGUAUGGCACCCUCCUGCCUAAAUCCAUUACGUCUGAUCUUCCUUCUCCUGUGAGUUCCAGCAUCACAAGGAGAGAGAUAGUCACAGUGGACAGCAGCAAAGGAGGGGAAAGCCCAACUCUGGCAUCACCAUCUCCCACCAAAAGAACCAGCAGCUACAGCUCGUACACUGAUGAUAUUCCCUCCACUCGCACCACCUCCUACACCGUCAGCACCACACCCAGUGACGACUACAGCAGCGACCGUAAAACCUACUCCUACUCCAGACCAAACUCCAGUUAUGAGUACAGCAGUGUCACCAGUCCCACCGUCUACACCACACCAUCGUACAGGAGCAGCAGCAGAUCAGAUGAUAUUCUGGCUGAUCCUAGCUCCUCCAUGAAGAGUGCUUAUGCACCUCCUGAGAGGACGGUGCUUGAGAAAGACCUGUGCAGCUACUGCCGUAAGCCCUUCAUUGGUGAUGCCAAGAUGGUCCUGGAAGACGUGAAGAUCAACUGCCACGCUUCCUGCUUUAAAUGCGAGGUGUGUCACAGCACUCUGGGUCAUAUGAAAGCCGGGGACAGCCUGUGGAUCUACAAACACAUGGUGCACUGUGAGAACUGCUUUGAGGUCACCAGAGAGAAGUGGCGACGCUGAGUUUUCCCCAAACCUUUGCUGGAGGCAUGAAGACGUGUGAUUAAAGAUAAAAAUGGAUUACUGUUCAUCAGUAUGUUGUGGGGGACAUGGGUUCUGCUAUGCUUAUGUUUUAAAGCUAACAGCGCUUUAUCUGGGUGCACUAACAAAAACUUUCUGAACCCUUUCUAGCAACGUAGUUGUUACUGUAUUGUUGACACCAUGAUAUUGCUGUGUCUGUAUCUACCCCUUUCACAAAUAUGAGGAGGCAUUUCUGAUGUAGUCUGGAGCUUUCAGGGAGAAUCUUGUGGGUAACAUGAUCGAGAUAUUGCAAUAUUUAGGGCCGGGGGCUUUUUUGUGUGUGCAAUAAAAUAUAUCUUUAUCUGAAAAA